UGUGAAUAGGAUGGGAAUUCAUUGAGUUUUCGAAAAGUAAUGCAGGAGAACAUUUUCACAUAAAAAUGAGUAUUAUGAAAGAUUUCCAACCGGGUUUAAAACUUUAUUACGAAAUUUUAUUUGCUAUAAAGUGGAAUUAAAAGCACAAACAUGUAAUACUGGUGAUGAUGAUGACGAAAUUGGAUAAAAUACAUUAAACUGUCUUGAUUCAAGGAUACCUUAUCUCACUAUUUGGGAUCAUUUUCAAAUAUCAAAAAAGAAAGAUUUUCCCGUCGACUGACUGAUUGGACCGAAGUGCUCGGCCUCAGGUUGACAUGUCGGCUCCUUGUGCAGAUGCUUCGACGUUGCCUGGGCAGAUAUCAUUAUGAGUAGAAGUCAGAAUUGAAGAAGAAGAAUAACGAGAGACACUUACUCUUUGCAUCCGAAUGCUAACAGCUCAAAUAGUUGAACGCUAAUAAGCCUCAUCAAGUUUCUAUUUUCCUUCAUAUUCGUUCGUAUUUCAAUACUUCAAAUAAUGGUCGUUGCACAAACUGACAUUCAGGAUAACAAUAAUAAUAAUAUUGAUAAUAACACUAAUAAAACUGAUGAGAAACUUGAGAAUGUAGAUGGCAUCCAGUUGAAAAUCAACUCUGAGAAUGAUAACUCCUCUGGUAAUCCACAAGUGAAUACACCUAACCAACAUCAAUCCAUCAAUUCAUCAACACAUCAAAUUAAUGAUUCAGGUAAUAAUAUCAAUACUGAAAGCAAACCUCAGCAAAAUAAAAACUCCACCGAUGAUAAUGAAGAGAAAAUCUUAGCUGAAUUAUUUAACAGAAAACAGUUGUUGUUACAACGUCUAUCUGAAGAAAUGGAAAAAUAUGAACAAUUAUGUUGGGAAGAAAUGGCGAUUACUAGAAUUAUAUCAGACCAGCCAUUUCUCCCACUGAAUCAUUUAAAUGUACGUUGCAAUAGUGAAACAAGAAAUCCUUUUGCUACAACACCACGUGUAAAUUUAGAGCAGACAAACAGUUCAGCUAACAGUACAAAUAGAUCUAGAGGUAUAGCUGCACGCUUGAAAUUUCGUAAUUCACGAAGAUCAAAAAGUGCUCAUGAACGAAUACCUGAAUCUCCCUAUAGACUCUUUCAAAGAAACACAAGUGAAGUAUCCCCCACAAGAAGAUCACUUACUGACAAUCUGCUUGAUGAUAAUUCAGAAAAUUCAAAAAAAUCUUGGAAAUGGUGGAGGAUGAAUAAAGAUCGUGGCCUGUUGAAUAGUAGUGGUGUACGUAGACGACAAUCGAUUGGUAUGAUUGCUGAACAAUACUUACGUUAUUUUACAAAUGAUAAAAGUGAACAUUCACGUGGAGGUAGUCUACCGCCAAGAGAUAAUAACACGAAUAACAGUAGUGCCGGUAAAAAUGAAACAAAACAGUUUGUACCAUCAGUAAAGCUGGAUGUCAAUAAGAGACAAUCACUUCAUCUAGAGGAAUUCCUACAAUUUUUAAGUGCUCAUCAACAGAAUAAUAAUAAUAAUAAUAUGGAGUCAAGUCAUUUGGGGACGUAUCCACCACCGCAUAAUGCUUGUCAUCUUUAUCAACAUCCUCAUCCUCAUCACCACCACCACCAUCACUAUCACCAACAACCACAACAACGACAGCUCCGACCACAAAUUGACAGAAGUUUAUCUCAACCAGAAUCAUAUGUGCUAGCAUCAAAGUGUAUCUGUUCGAAUGAAUUACAACAAGUCAAUUGUAAUAAUAAUCAUCAAAGACAACACCAUUUCACUGGAUGUCGAGCAAAUGAACCUUUGUUUUAUAGUAGUCAAAAGAAUCCAAAUAUCACUGCCUACAAUGGACAUAAAAUAUAUGAUUUAUGUCAUCAUAGCCAUAGGAUACCUAACAAUAUUAAAAGACAAUCUACGCAUAUCAAUGGAGCAUUAAACAAUCAAAAUACACUUUAUGGAUCCUCAUCAUCUUCAUCAGCUUACCCAUCACAAGUGAAAUAUUCUUCCGAUUUUAAAUUAAUCCCAGGGAUGCACUUAUAUUCUCUUCAGAAAAACAAUCCAUCUCUGGGUACAACAGGACCAGUCUGUCCUGCAUCUUUUAUUGUUUGCACUGUUCCUCCGCUGGGUACGACAACUCCUUUCCCUGUUCCACUUAAUCACGUCCAAUCUAUUCAGCCUACCUCAUCAUCGGCACCUGCACCACCUUUACCUCCAAGAAUUCAUGGUCGAACAUCGAUACUUUUAAAUCAUAGUUCUAAAUCAAUGGAAGAAAGUGUUUUAUCUAGGACAAUUGAUGAGUCAAACAUGAAAAUCGAUAAAAAUCAAAUGAACACUACUCAGCACACCAUUAGCAUGAGUGAAAUGGAUAAAAAUGCCAGCAGUGUUGAUAAAUCCAUUAACCUUAUAAAUAAUAAUAUAUGUAUACCAAUGACACGGAAAACAGGGACAACUGUCAAUUUGGUGCCUUAUAGUUCACGAUGGCCCACUGGUUGUAGUGGGAGUGGUGGUGGUGGUGGUGAGAAACAUGCUUAUUUUAAUUGUAUGGCUAGCCGUCAACACAAUAUCAAGUCAAACUUUCCAAAUAAUUGUCAGUUUAAAGAAACAAUAUCCACACCACAGAAAAAUCCAGUUAAUAAUGGAUCGUAUAAAACAAAUUAUGAAGUGAAAGCUAUUCAUCAAAAUCCUCAACAACAACCACAACAGCAACACCUCCCUUCGAAAGUAACCAAUUAUCCUCAUCAGCCUCUGUCAAACACACAUGAAAUCCUGUUAAGCAAAAGUAAUCAAAAAACGUUAAACGGAAAUUGGACGGAUAUGUCUACACUGAAUAAAUCUAAUCUUUUAAAUCUGACUCAUUAUAAUAAUUCAACUAGAAAUUAUGAUCGAUAUUCUUCACAGAUAAGAAAAUCAAUAAAAACUACUGAACCAUUGAACACUACAUUGAAUACUAGAAUACAACCGAUACAAUCAGUAGGAAAUAAUUAUCCACAAUGGAUUGUUAGAAAUCAGUUAAACAAUGGUAAACAUAUCACUAACGAGCCUUUUCUUGUAUAUCAAUUAAAUCAACCAAAGAAAAAGAGCAGUAGAAGCAAUCCUCUAGGAGAAUUCGACGAAUCUAAAAAUUCUCCAUCCGUCUCAUCGCCGUCAUCGUCAACAGCAGCAGUAGUGGCAGCGGCGGCGGCGACAGUGAAUCAAAUGAAUUCCGCAUCUUCAACUUGUAAUAACGUAAAAAAUCAUUCUGUUGGCUGGGAGAUCAAUUUAGGCUGUGCGUACAAUAACAAUAAUACUAAUAUUAAUAGUAAUAAUGGUAAUAAUAAAUCAGUACCUGUGCAUUAUAUAACUCCGGUCAACUUUAAACAAUGUUGGCAACAGACGCGUGAACCAUCUCUGAUGGUCAAUCGAAAUCAAUCACAAUCCUCGUCAACGCCGAAAACAUCACAUGGUACUACUCCUCUUCAGUCUACACAAUAUCCUAAGACAAUUGUCGACGGUUAUUCUUCUGUACAAAAGAAGCUCUUUCCGCCAAACUUUCAAAAAGAGUUUGUAUUGCAUAACAGACAAAAUAAUAACAAUAACAGUACUAGUCAUAAGAAUACAUGUAGUAAUAGUAAUAACAAUCAAUCUGAGCAUUCUCAUUAUCCUAAUCACCAUUAAUCAAUCAAAUACUCGAUUAAACAGAAGUCUUAUUGAUCCUAUAAUAUGUCUUUCUUACGUUUUCCUAACUUUGUACAUGUAUAUACAUUGAUUGUACUUAAAGGCUUGAAAAAGAGCAAACUAACACGAGCUUUAUUCAGACUAAUAGUGAUUUGACAACUAGCAAGUUCCCAUAUCUCUACAGCAGUAAUGACCACAUACACACACACACACACACAUGAAACUGACUGUGACACACACUCAACUCAUCUGGACAAACUAACUGCUCAUAGAUAGACCGAGCAACCUGCGACUGACAAUCAGUCAGUUGAAGAAGCAGACGAAGAGUUCAAUGAAAGGAACGCCUGUGUUUGUCAGACCGCCCACAACGAGGUUGAUGGUCGGUAAAAAUACACAUCGAUCAGUAGAGCUGACAGAGCAGUCAUAUACACACUAGUCAGAGUCUAAGAUGACCAGAAUGGUGCCAAUGAGUGUGUAGCAUGUCCAAGCGGUGCUAGCGAGCGCGCACAAACGCGCAUUUUGUUACAUACGAGAUAAUGAGUGGUUGAAGCAUGGAUUAUGUGAACUACUGGUUGUAGUCCGUGUGAUGAAAAGGUCGAUUUGUUUAAAUUACACAUACUUGCUUAUUGAGUAUAUUGCCUUUGAAAUGAUUAUUUAUGUAUUAUAUGUAAAUUGUAAAGUAUUUUGUACGUAUCAAACUUUGUCCAAAUUAAUUUAUCCUCCUCCUCUUUCUGCCUCUCUCUUACUUUUAUCAUGAUUAUUUCUUCAGAAAUGCAAGAUUAUCAUAAAUAAAUCAAAACUCAUAAAAAAUUUUUAAUAUUCCAUUUU